AUGAAUCCCCAGGUGGAGCACCUGGUCAGGAAGACCUGGGCCAAGUUCUGUUCCACCCCCGAUGACACCCGCUUAAUGAUUGCCGUCAGCGGCAUCCCAGGCUCCGGCAAAACAGCCCUAGCCAACAUGAUGACCCAAGACAUCAACAAUAUCCACGCAUCUGAGAACCCCUCCUCCCCACCUAUCGCCGCCGCCAUCCCAAUGGACGGCUACCACCUAACCCGAGCCCAGCUCUCCGCAAUGCCCGAUCCAGCCCAUGCCUUCGCGCGUCGCGGCGCAGCCUUCACUUUCGACGCACAGAAGUUCCUUGAUCUAGUUCACGCUCUUCGGAAACCACUCACACCAGAUUCAGCUUCAGUCUAUGCUCCUAGCUUCGACCAUGCUAUUAAGGAUCCUGUUGAUGAUGAUAUUGCCAUUCCGGCUACCUGUCGGGUUAUCUUUUUUGAAGGCAAUUAUUUGAGUCUUAAUAAGGAGCCGUGGAGUUUGGCUGCUGGUCUGAUGGAUGAUUUAUGGUUUGUGGAUGUGGAUUUCGAGAUUGCGAGGACGAGGUUGGUGAAGAGACAUGUUAAGGCGGGUAUUGCGAAGGAUGAGGCCGAGGCGGAUAAAAGGGCGAGGGAGAAUGAUUUGGUUAAUGGGAGGGAGAUAUUGGAGAAUCGGUUGCCUCUUCAGGAGCUUGUUUCGAGUAUUUAUGAUCCUACUUGGGAGAAGUCAUAG